GAUCAGUCGCAGUUCAAUUUCGAAGGCAAGUGGUCGUGCGAAAACUGGUCUAAGCUCUUCUGUUUGAAAAAAAAAAAAAACGCGUGUUAAGGCUAAAAUUGCGAAUUUCAAGUGAGACUCUAAAGAACUCUAAAGAUUAAAGCGAGUGCACUCGAGAGCGGAACAGAUCGAUUAAUUUCACUUAAAAGUGGCGGUUUAGAUGCGCCUUAAGACAAGUGGCUAUCAAUUGUGCUUGAUUAACGCGACGCCAAAGGCGCCUUUUAAUUAGUCUCAUAAAGAACUUUUGGGGAAAAGGGUGAUGCAGAUGAAAAUGAUUAAAAUUAAACAAACAUAAAACUGAUCUAUUUAAAUGUGAAAAUCGCGGUCAGCAACUCUGAUGAAAACAAACGGAUGCUAGUGCGCAGGUACGUUAGCAGGUUAUGAUAAUGCUAACCUGUCACAAUCGACGUAAUAGUUAAUACAAGUUAAUACGAUUAAGUCAUUAGCAUUUAAUAGCUAAUGAUUAAAAGAACAUUGUUCAAUCGUCAAUGUUAUCUGUCACAAUGUAGGAAGUGAGGGAAAAAGUGAUCGGCUCUAAUUGAAUUGUGCGCCACUCUAAUUUUGCCGCAUUUCUAGUCGGGAGUUGGGGCAGGUCGGAUGGAUUUUAGUGGUGCUGAUGGUGGCUUUAGUUCGGUAUCAGUGAUAAGGUAAUCCGUUGGCGUUAAGUCCAGCAAAACGAAAGCUGUUGUAUACCAGUAGGAACUUGACGCAACUUAAUUACGACAAUAUCAAGGAUAAUGAUACAGCAGUGAGCACAUAAAAUAUACGUACAAAACGAUGGAAAACAACAACGCUAAGGAUCCGGAGGCCCUAUCACUGGAACAUGCCAAAGAUCCAACGUUCGAGGAAGCUCUCGCACAAACUAAAUUCGGCCUCUUCAACUACCUGCUCAUUGCCGUGUCCGGCACGAUCCUGACCGCCGUCCUCCUCGAAACGCUCGGCAUCAGCUAUGUGGUGGCGGUCGCCGAAUGUGACCUGGAUCUUUCCACGCAGCAAAAGGGCGUCCUCGGUGCGGUCGCUUUCGCCGGGGUCAUAAUAAGCUCCCACCUGUGGGGCUUCCUAGCCGACACCCGGGGUCGUCGCCGAGUGAUCGUGCCUACGCUUUUUGCGGCUUUUGCCUCAACCGUUGCGUCCAGCUUGAUGACCAACUUUUGGGCGAUGGCCGCGUGCCGGUUCAUGACUGGAUUCUUCAUUUCCGGAUCAUCGGCCACGAUCUUCGCGUACCUCGGAGAGUACCACACCAGCCAGUACGGGUCGCGAUCGAUCAUGGGAGCGUCCGCCGUGUUUGGACUUGGUGGCUUGCUGCUGCCGGGCGUGGCCUUCGUCGUGAUCAACCAAACGUGGCAGGUUACGAUUCCGUUCGUGGAGAUCGUGUACCGACCGUGGAGGUUGUUUCUCGUAGUCUGUGGACUGCCUAGCUUGUUCAGCGCGAUCGCACUGCUCGGUGUUCCCGAGAGUCCCAAGUUUGUGUUCAGCCAAGGGAACAGUAAGGAAGCUAUCGAGACUAUAAAGUGGAUGCACCGGAUGAAUGUGGGCAAGAAAGAAGCACCGCUUGAGAUUCAACGGAUCGUGGCUAGUUCGGAUGAAGGUCAACUGUCCACAGAGUCUAAUUCCAUGUGGGAGCAGAUUUGGCAGCAGACGGCGCCACUGUUCAGGGGAUCCUACCUCAAAAGGACGACAAUUGUCUGCAUUCUACAGUUUGGAUCUUCGCUAGCUGCCCAGGGCAUGUACAUGUUCUUUCCGGGGAUCCUCAAUCAGAUGGCACAGGCGCAGGACGCUGGCAUCCAUAGAACCACCGUCUGCCAGGUUGUCUACGCUCAUAGGAAUUCAACGGAACAGUCCGACUACCAGCAAAACUGCAGCCAAACGUUGGACCUUUCCACGUACGGAUAUUCAUUCAUUCUGGAGGCAAUCUACACGGUUGGAUUCGCGCUGAUCGGAGUCAUCAUCAACAUCGUCGGACGACUAUCGAUCCUGGUGUUUGUCUUCACGUGCUGCGCCGUUGCUGGACUGUUGGUCAUCUUCGUCAACAUUCCGCUGCUAGCCAUUUGGUUCUACCUGAUCCUGCUUCUUUGCGGAUUCUGUACAAACGUCGUUGGAGCCAUUACGGUGGAUCUUUACCCAACAAACCUAAGAGCCAUGGCUGUGUGCAUCUCGAUGAUGGUGGGUCGGCUGGGAAGCGUCGUCGGAGCCAAUCUACUGGGCUUCUUGCUGGACAGCCAGUGUGAGCUAACCUUUGCGAUACCGGGAACGUUCCUGCUGGUGUGUGGCAUGCUGUCGUUCUUCAUUCCAGGAAUUACUGCUGGGCGGCGACCCAAGGAAGAGGAAAAGGUUGAGGCGACAACAAAUGAAUAGUUUUUAAGGCGUUUUACUCUUCAAAGCAGUACCAGUUUGGGGAAGUGAUAAGUAAAACAUAUCAAAAGAAUCUACUAUAUAGUUAACAUCGAUCUUCCAGCAAUCAGUUAAAACCAAAGCGAAAUUCCUAACAUACGAAGAGAGUAACUUGAUGUAUAAGCUUUCAAUGCUUUAAUCCGUACUGCUAUUUUAAUAAAAUAAUUUACAAUCGCAACUG